UGGCCGGCCGGCGCCACGUGGCCACCCCGGCCGCUAUAUUAGGCCACUAUGGACCUCGGGCUCGCUCGCCAUGGCUUCGCGAGGGCAUCUCGGGUAGAGAGGAGAGGAGGAGCGGCGCAGAGCCCAGCCCGGGACCGCGCGCUCAGGUGGGAGGGCCGGGACCAUGAGCUCCUACCUGGAGUACGUGUCGUGCGGCGGCGCCGGGGGCGGUGGCGACCUGCUCAGCUUCGCGCCCAAGUUCCGCCGCGCCGAUGCCCGGCCGGUGGCCCUGCAGCCGGCCUUCCCCCUGGGCAGCGGCGACGGCGCUUUCGUCAGUUGCCUGCCCCUGGCCGCUGCCCGCCCCGCGCCUUCGCCGCCAGCCACCCCCGCGCCGCCCCCCGCCGCCCCGCCGUACGCGCCGGGCACCCUGGAGGCUGCCUACGAGCCGGGCGCCGCACCUGCCGCGGCGGGGGCCGCCGACUACGCCUUCCUGGGGCCCGGGCCCGCCUACGACUUCCCGUGCGCGCUCGGGCGGCCGGCCGACGACGGCGGGGCGCACGUCCACUACGCCACCUCGGCCGUGUUCUCGGGCGGCAGCUCCUUGCUUCUCAGCGGCCAGGUGGACUACGCGGCCUUCGGCGAGCCCGGCCCCUUCCCGGCAGGUCUCAAAGGGCCCGCCGACGGCCUCUCCGGGGCCUUCCAGACCGCGUCCCCGGCCCCCGGCGCCUACCCCAAGUCCGCCUCCCCCGCGUCCGGCCUCCCCGCCGCUCUCAGCACCUUCGAGUGGAUGAAAGUGAAGAGGAACGCCCCCAAGAAAAGCAAACUCACCGAGUAUGGAGCCGCUAGCCCCUCCAGCGCGAUCCGCACGAAUUUCAGCACCAAGCAACUGACAGAACUGGAGAAGGAGUUUCAUUUCAAUAAGUACUUAACUCGAGCCCGACGCAUCGAGAUAGCCAACUCCUUGCAGCUGAAUGACACCCAAGUCAAAAUCUGGUUCCAGAACCGCAGGAUGAAACAGAAGAAAAGAGAAAGAGAAGGGCUUCUGCCCGCGGCCACCUCUGUGGCUUCCCUCCAACUUACCUUCUCAGGCAAGAACCUAGGGAGCCCUUCUCAGGUCCAAGAACCCUCAUGAGAUUUAGUCUUGAGGCUGAGGAAACUUGGCCUGCAGGAGUCAUAGGCCAGCCCACCCCUGUCUAGACUUACUAGCUCAGUUUGGGGUGGCAGUGGGCCUGUGCAGAAAGAGAGGUUUCACUUGGGAAAGGAAGUAUCUUAGUCGACUUCUGAGUUCCAGGCUGUGGGUGUACAGAUACUAAUUGGAGGUCUCUUCAGCCACUCAUAUGUGUUUUAUCUGAGUCUUAUCAGGGAGAAGGUGCCUAGCUGCCAGCCCAACCCUGCUGCUAUGUUGCCUUAGUCAGAUGCAAUUCCUGGGUGCAGAGUGCAGUGCAGUAGUUGCAGAGCUCUAGCAACCCCCUGAUGUGCUCCAAAGAGCGCCUACCCAAAGUUUUUCUGGUUUUAAUUUAAAGGACAAGGCUACCUGUAUUCAGCUUCUUGAGAUGACCAAAGCUAGUUAGAGCUUCCCUGAUGUAGCUAAGCUGCUUCAAUGAUGAUCUUCACAUUUGCACUCCAGUUUCGUUUUUCUUUAAGAAGCAGUUUCUACCUCUCCAUGUGCCUGAGUGAAGAUACAAUCGCUGUUUAGUUAGUAGCUGAACAAAGCCACAAGGUGGGUAAAGAUUAGAACCUGAACUAAACCUUGAUUCCAGUUACUCAAACUUGAAUGUAAAUAUAUACAGUAUGUAUAUUUUUAAAAAGGUUUGCUUGAAAUGAACAUAUAUGACAUUUAAUGUCAUAGCAUGUAAAAGGUUUGAACUGUUUUAUAAUAAAAAUUACAGAAUAUA